AUGGCUGCGCUUCCUGCUUGGAAUCUUCUCAAGGGUAAGACCGCAGCAAUCACUGGCGGCACCACUGGAAUUGGUCGCGCAAUUGUUUUGGCAUAUAUCACGCAAGGCUGCAAUGUCGCAGUCAACCACCUGGGACUACCCCAGGAUGAAAAACAUCGACACAGUCUUCUUGAGGAAGUCAAAGCGAUCAAAAACAAGGGCAUCAAAGCAGGUGAAAUUUUGGAGCUGUCCGGCGACGUCACAAACCCAGGGACUGGGUCUAAUCUUGUCAAGGAGGCUGUGUCCAAAUGGGGCAAGUUGGAUAUUUUCGUUGCCAAUGCGGGUGUUUUCAAACAAGCAGAAUUUCUCAAAAUCGAGCCAGCUCUCCUUGAUCACAGCGUUGAUGUCAACGUAAAAGGUUGCUUCUAUUCUUGUCAAGCCGCCGCCCGCCAGAUGGUGAAGCAAGGGCAUGGUGGUUCGAUCAUUGGAAUUUCUUCUGUCAGCGCCCUGCUGGGUGGUGGCUUACAGACCCAUUAUACACCAACAAAGGCUGCUAUUCUCUCAAUGAUGCAGUCUAUGGCUAUAUCCCUCGGAAAGGAUCAGAUCCGGUGCAACGCAUUGAUGCCUGGCACCAUUGCAACCCAGCUGGCCGACCAUGACAUGAAAAACCCAACUAAAGUAGCCGCUCUGGAGGCACGCAUUCCCCUUGGCCGCAUCGGCGACCCAGAAGAUAUGGCAGGGCCUGCGGUUUUCCUAGCCUGUGAAGAAAUGAGCCGUUAUGUGAACGCUACUGGAUUAUUGGCGGAUGGUGGAAUGUACAGUAACCUGCAAUAA